AUGCCUCCACAUCGAGGCCGUGCCUCGCGAGCUUGCGCCUCUUGCAGGAGGCAAAAGACUCGAUGCUACGAGCCAGGAAUUCCAGGGAAGCCAUGUCUACGCUGUGAUAGGCUUCAACAAAAAUGCUCCCUGGUGGAUGUCCCGAUGCACGAGGAUGAGGUUGAAACACCAGGUGCUUCCGGGACAGACGUUCGAUUGGAGCGACUGGAACGGACAGUGGCGGCUCUACUUGACCGGCUUGGAGAAGGCCCCUUGGGGCCUGUAGAACAUGAGUUGAGCGGGCCACCCAGUGCGCCUACAGCCUCAGAAACAAGCGAUGGAGCGUACCAGGACGCGGAGUCCUCGGCGGCUCCAGUGAUGGUGAUUCGCGAUCUGGCGACUGACAGCACAAUCAAGCCUUUUCCUGAUCCACGACCGCUCGGCAAGGUGUUAGAUGACCUGAUCUCGCCUGAACUGGCAUUGACCUUAGUAUCAAUCUUCGCGGAACACUAUGGCCGCUGGGUUCUGCUUGAUGCCGACGGGGAUGCAGCAUCUCUGUUGCCUCGCAUCAAGAAGUCCCCAAUUCUGUUUUGUGCGUGCUGUCUCAUUGCAGUCCGACAUACAUCCGAGGAGCUUGCGGCAUUUUUGGCGCCGAAACUGUACGAGUCGGCCAGGUCUUCGAUUUCUAACACUCUCCUUACGGCUCCACAGUCGGUCGAAUUUUUUCAGGCAGUUCUCAUUCUGUGCAUGUGGUCUACUACCGUCGGACAAGUCCCUCUGAGCAUCGACAGCUGGCUUCUGAGUGGCUUUGCACUUCAGCACACGCAGUCUAGUCCUCUGUUUGCGACAGUCACAGCCCAGUCUCUUCCCACCCGACUGGACGACAAGGCGCUCAAUAUGUGCUGUUUAUGGAAUCAUCUAUGCCUGGCGCAUCUUCAUUACUGUGUUGGUACGAGCCGAAGGUCGAUGUUGCAAGGGUGGCAGAUUGAGCGAAGUCGUGCUAUCAUCAAUUCUGACCAUGCCAUAAAUUUCGAGGUCCGCAUGGUUGCGGAAAUACACCUCUAUUGGACUGUCUAUGAGAAUCUCAUCCAAGAUACCGUCGACUUGCUGAAAUCAGUAGGCGCACUGCAAACUUGGAGACGGAAGUGGGAAUUUGUCCUCGAGCAACCACGAUCCCAGUUCCUUCUCAUGGGCUUUCAUUUUUCUAAUCUGCUCUUAUACGAGCACUCAUUAAAAAGUUCAAAGACACCCCGAGCCCGCGAAUCUCUUGUUUCCGAAAUGAUCCGCCACUCCACGGCAAUAAUUCGUCUCGCAAUGGAUACGGUGGAUGAGCGGACUCGCCACCUCAGUGACCACAUCUAUCAUAUGAUCACUUUCGCGGCCAUAAUAAUUUGCCGGUUGGUAAACAGCUACGAGCAGCAGUUAAGCUCUUCGUACAGCAUUCCAGAGCUCGAUGAACUCAUACGCGAUCUGGUCUCAUGGCUCCAUAGCAUAGGGUUGCCAUGCCAUGCUGCUCACACUUUAGGCAACAUUAUUGCGAAAGUGCAUCAAAAACUGCGUCCUUGUGUCGAGGUCGUUCUUGAGCCGAUGGAAGAGUUUCCCGACGAAAACUUCGCAAACUACUUUUCCCCGAGUUUCUGGGCUUGGGAACCUCUGGCGAUGGGAAUUGGGGCCUGCUACCCGAUCUAA